AUGUCACAGUAUAUCAAAACCAGUCAGCUAGACAGUCAGGUGUCACAGACAUUCUUGGAUUGUGUGAAAAGGACAGGCGUUGAGUAUAAUCUCUACGUCGACGAGGGUGGCACCACAGUGGUUGUGCCGGCUGAGCGGCGAGAGAUCGAUUUUCAUGGUCAAGACCAAGAGCUCUUUGAUUGUAUCAUUGCCGUGAUUGAUCGCAUGGACGUGGCUGCGGAGUCGACAAUUGAACCCGAUGAGAAUCAUGACAGUGCGAUUUCCAGCAACUCCACGACGCACGAGUGGCUGGAAGAGCAAGGUGCAAGUGGCCUAGCCGCUGUUGGCACGCGACCUGCUAGCACAGGUCUUUCGAAUCACACCAGUGGAAUGGAUUCAUCCCCAAGUGCCAGGUCAAAGAUCGCCAGAAGAGGAAACAAUGAGCCUAGGUCGGGUUCGCUGCAUUACUGGGCUUACUUAGACGACUAUCCAGGCUGCGGAAAUGUUAACUCCGAGGCAUCCUUUGACGGAACCUGCCACACUUAUGCUUCAGCCUUUGCGAGUGUGCAGUUUGAGAAUACCGACGAUACAGACUACUUGGAAAUGGGCAUAUGGCCACACCAUGGAUGCUCCAAAGGAAAUGAACGAAAGUUCACCAUCAAACCCGGCACGCUCGGUGAUUGUAAGACCAGAACAACUUACUCGUUCAAAGGCUGGCAUGUCCGUUGCGCAAGAUGCUUGUGA